CUGGAGCUCCAAUUUUUUUGUCCGCGAGUUGGUCAGUUAUUAAUUGAAUGCUACCUAUUACUAAGCCUUAUUGUAGUGCGUUGUGGACUCACUACUGUAUGAAAAAACGAUUAAACAAUUUUUUUUAAUAUUUCAAUGAUAAAAUUGCUGAACUUUUCGCAGCGUUGUGCUGCUUUACCUCAAUAAUAUUUUGAACUUCCGUGAACAAAUAUCUGGGAGUUUAAAAAAUAACAUAUUUGUCUCUACUUUUGGAUUCCUAUUUAGGAUUUUUGUGAUCUGCGGUCGAGCGAUUGAAACAAUAUUUUGAUCUGUCUUCAUACUCAAUUAAAAUUCAAUUCCUUUCCAGUCAAAAACAAAUCCUACAAUUGAGUGAUUUUAUUUGCCGAACCGACGUGAUGAACGUGGCCAUACUUUAUCGGAAAAUAAAUCUAAAAUCUGUGUAUUCUUCAAUUCAAUUUCUUUUCGAUAUGUCUAAAUUGUUUUUAUUUCAAUUUAGUUUGUAUAAUGCGAUAUAUAUUGAUAAAAACUAUAUAGAAACCGUUUUAAACCCGUAGCCGAGACAUCAAAAGUGGAAGAUGGAGACGACGACAGUGGAAACCACGUCCAGCUAUCUUCCAUCUACCGGUACAACCGAGGGAAUGGCCUAUACCGCUAUCGCUGGAGUAUUUAUUGCCAUUUUUAUCGUUGCCAUCAUAGGAAACUCGGUUGUAAUUUACGUUCUUUUCCGCCAAAGAAGGACAUGGAACGUAACAAUAACAUAUCUAUUCAAUCUAGCUAUUGCUGAUGCCAUAUUUGCUUGUACAAUGCCAUUAUGGGCCCAAACGUACCUAAACCGCAUGGAAUGGAAUUUUGGUGUUGCAGCAUGCAAAAUUGUCGCUAUUGUCACAAGCGUCAAUAUGUAUGCUAGUAUAUUUUUCCUAACAGCCAUGAGUGUAGACAGGUGGAUAGCAGUUGUGCAUGCAACUACAAUAAAUACUGUCCGAAAUUCUGUUAUGGCAAGAUCAGUGUGUCUGGUCGUGUGGACGUCGGCCAUAUUGUUUUCAAUUCCACGCAUGAUUUACCAGAUUGUCAAAGAGUAUUCCAGGAAUGAAGUUUCUUCAAAUAUGACCGCAAAUGCUUUGGAAAAUGUUAGUGCUAGCUGGCAAACUACAGUAGCACCGGAGAACAACCCGAACAGCAUGUUUGUCUGUAUGUUCUUCGUGCCAGUCAGCGGCCACAAAAAAUUUGUGAUGGGAAUGCUUGAACUCAUCGAAGCCUGUGUUGGGUUUCUGAUUCCCAUGAUUGUCAUAUGUGUUUGCUACUUACGCAUUGUGCGUACGGUACGUAUGAAACUCAUAAGCAAACGUGUUCGCAAAGAACGCGUUGCCGUGUUAGCAGCGUUAGUGGUAACUGCAUUUUUCGUCUGCUGGUUACCGAAACAGAUGAUGUUUGCAUAUUCCGCAAUUUCAGGAUGGUGGGAUUGGUUUCCUUUCAACGAAUCUUUUUACAAUGCAGUUUAUCCAUUCUUCGUGUGUCUUGCGUACGCAAACAGUUGCGUCAACCCAAUUGUUUACGCAUUUACAACAACAAACUUCAAAAAUAACGUAAAAGAAGUGUGCGGGUCAAACUUAGCUGCCUGUAAGGAUACACGUGCGUACAAAAUGACUCUAGCACGUGAUGACAAUCGGUCUCCACUCACCCCUGAUAAAACGUGUAGCAGCGACACCAAGAAAGUAGUUGGGACAACAUCAACGAAGGAGAAUGGAAAUGGCAAUAAACAUAAAGAAGGCAUUCAUGAACUCAGCAGUAGUGAAGAUAUUUACGAGCCCUUUCACCCAGCAGGCAGAAAUGCCAGAGAAGCAGAAAGAGUCGGAAUCAAUGGGCCACCGGAGUGUCGUCACCUGGCAAUCGAUGAUACAACUUCCGGCGUUUAUUACGAAUAUUUCUCGUCGCCUCCAGUGUUACAAACAGCGCCUGAAGAAAGGCGACUCAACUUUACGACAAGGGCAGACAUAAUAAAUCACAAUGACAAUGAUAAGACUCAUCAUGAAUGGGAGCCUCUCAGAGGCAUCGAAGCGAAAUCAGCCGAAGUAAGAGAAUGAAAGAUGAAUUUCUUCACCUAUUGACCACUGUGCAUUGUUGGGAGGUCUCAGAAUGAGACGAGCUAUCUUUCCUUUAUCAGAUUGACGAAAAAGCACUCAAUUAUAGCAAUACACGUGAAUAUAAGGAAAAAAAUCAUGAUAAUAUAGUUCCUGCCGUGUGUGAAGUAGAGAUAGACCGCGUUUUGGAGGUACACGUUACCAAUCACCCAUCUUUGAUUAGGUAUAAAAAUAAUUAUUCCAUGAUAUGAAAAUUGGAAUUUUCAAGAGUCAACAACAUACUGAAAUAUGGAUUAAAACAACACUGUAUUGACAGGAAACAUAGUAAUACAUGUAUAAAUACAUCAUUCAAAAAUGUUGCCCGUGAAACAAUGGGGAUAGAUAAGCUGAUAACCACCCAACAUUUCACUUCUACGUUUGCUCGCUAAUGCAACCAACAUAGCUUUUAGUGCGACCGACUGAUUUAGUGCUCGUUUUUUAUAUCUCUCGUGUACAAUAAAUUCAUUAGUCCUUGUGAAAUAUAUUAUUUAUGACUCUGUAUAUGUAAACUUUCAAUUUCAUCAAUACAAUCAAUUAAGAGCUGUUGAAACGUUGAUAAAUUGUUUUAUAACAGCAACAGAAAAUAGUCUAUAUCGUUACUCGCGCAACAGUUUUUCGAUAAUAUGACGUCAUAAUUAUUGUUUUUGACUAAAAUCGAUAUAAACCUUGUAUAGCACAGAUUUCAUUUUGUACGUAUAUAAAAAAUUAUAAAAUACAAUAUAUAUAUCAUUUCAUAGUCCGAUAUCCAACAACAAGCAUGUUUUAUGUGACGUAAAUAUCUGUAUAAGCCAUGCAGGAAAUUCAGCUAUUCCUUUUCUACAACAGUCAUUUUUUACUUUUAAUAUGGGUCGUAUGGGUAGUACUAUGCUAAUUAUUUGUAAUUCUGGCAAAUGAUUUUCUGUACAACAGUCUAAAUUUUUCAAUGUGAUAAAUGACCUUUUAUAAACUUUUUGUUCCUUUUUAAACAUUUUGGACGAGUUUCAAUAAUAAAAUACAAAAUUGCUGCUUACUUUUUACCAUUUAUGUUUUGAUAACUUAUGGAGGGGAAAAUUGUGUAAAAUAUUCAUGUAGUAUGCACGUGCUUUUUUCAUACUGUGUUACAACGAAAAUAAGACCUAGCCUAAAUUUUAAAAAUGAUUUUAAUAUAAGCCCUCCCCUUAAAAUAGGACCUAGUCGAUAACUAGAAAUCUCUCUUACUCGUUUUAAAUGAUUAAUAAUCUAUGUUCAGUAGUUAUUUUAAAUAAAAACGUGUUAUUUAUAAGUAAAUGGAUAUCGGUUUUCAUAUUUUGUAUAUUCGAAAAUCUCGUAAUUCUCUACUUUGUAAUUUUGUUUUUGAUAAAUGAAAAUAAAAGAAAUACCGACAAAAAUUAGCCCUAGUGCUAUUUUUCGAAAGAAAUUUGAUAUAAGUCCCAGUCUUAUUCUCGGGGAAACACGGUAUAUUAUUUCUGGCUUUAUUUUCAAUUUUUAUAGCAAAUCGAAAGCAGCUGCUUCCUAAUGUAAAAUCUAAUAUGAUUUUCUAUCAUAAAAUAAUCUGUAUUGAUCGCAAUGUUAUUAGUCAUAAGCCUCCUUCUUGAUAAAUGUUCUCUACCUGAUAUAAAGUGCAAGCACUGCCUUGGUUAACGAUGUUUAUUUCUAGGAGACUUAACGUUACACCAAGCUAUGGAAUAUCAUUUCUAGAAACCCAUUGGAUUAUAUUAGUUGACUCCAUCCGAUUUGUGGAGUAUGUUAUAUUUCGACUUAAGAAUCAUUUAAAAUUCUGUACGGACACGUAUAUUUUAAAUUAAUGUAGUUUUUGCAUCGGAGUUUUAGGUUUUUACUGAAGACCUUAAUAUAAGCUUGCAAAUUAUUAGUAUAUAUAUACUUGAUUGCGACUGGAAUUUUUUUAAAUAUGUUUAAUUGUUUCUGUGUGCCAGUGGUACAUUUUUUCCGUCUAUAAUUUUUGUUAUAGGGAUAAAACAAUAUUCUAUGCUAUUUUUGUAUGUCUUGUCUUUUUGCUUUUAAUAAAUUUACACAAAUUCACCAUGA